AUGCAAUUCUCAACCGUCUUCAGCCUCACAGCCUUUGUCGCUUCCGCCCUGGCCCUUCCAACCGGCACAAACCCAUCUCCAUAUGGAACCAUUAUCUUCAAAGGAGCUGCCAACGCUCAAUAUACCCUCAGUGUCCCUCUCGAUGGCUCCGAGACCUUCACCCACAACGCCCUCUCCAUCUCUUCCCUAACCUCCACCGACAUCAACGUCCCUGCCCAAUGCACCCUCAAGACCGUCGACUACACCCCCGCUCUAGUCGAAGGUCCCGCCCGCACUUGGGUCGUCGGUCCUCCCCAAACCGUCAUCUCCAUCACCUGCACCAACGGCUCCACUCCACCUCCAAACAGCAUCACCAUCGAGUUCCAAGGCGCAGACCCAUCUCUCGGCGCCAAAUACUUCGUCACCGUCCCCCUCAACGGUCAAGUCGUACCAACCAACAACGUCCUCAGCAUCUCGACCUUGGUCUCGAGCUAUCCGAUUGACAGCAAGUGCACUUUCACUUUCGUAGAUGGCCAUGCUGCGUUGGCGAAGAUUGCUACUGAUAAGUGGGCUGUGGGACCUCCACAGACUAUUAUCAAUGUCAAGUGUGUUGCAUAA